UAUAUAUUUUUAGAGAGAAAGAAUCACGCUCACGUGAGAACAUUCAAGAAAUUUUUGGACGCCCUCUGUUCCACUUAUUAGCUAGCAUUACGCAGCAUCUAGCAUAGUUUGUCGAACGUGGUCGAGUGAUCAAGUUCAAAGUUCAGGUUCGCACAUUGCGAGAAUAUAUUUCUUCACUUCGUUGAUCGAUCUAAUAAGAAAGAAAAAUGCCACGACGUGGACGUGCCUCUGCGCCUCCUCCAAGAAGCGUCAGGCCGGCCGCGGCUGUACCCGCACCCGUACCAUCCCGACUCCCAGCUCAGGCUCCACCAACGGCACCCAUGGUGGCCCAGCCGCAGCAGCCGUCCCUCAUGGGCCAAAUGGCCGCCACCGCUGGCGGUGUAGCCAUCGGCUCCGCCGUGGGACACACCGUCGGUCACGCCAUGACUGGACUUUUCAGCGGAGGAUCCAGCGAGACUGCCGCUGCUCCUGCUGCAGCGCCUCAAGCCGCUCCGGCCACCGGAGCUGCUUGCUCGUGGGAGAUUAAACAGUUCCUGGAAUGCGCUCAGAAACAAUCCGAUCUGAGCCUGUGCGAGGGAUUCAACGAGGCACUACGUCAAUGCAAAGUUGCCAAUAAUGUUCUCUAAAUUGACGUAGAAAACGAAGAAUCUAGAAACACUAGAUGAAAUUGAAGUACAUGCUCUAUGCUCCAAUCCUAUAGAUUAUACAGCAAAAAAUUCUGUUUAUUUUUAUCGUUAUAUGUAUCAGUACUGUUAAUGUAAUAUAAAACAGUCCAGAAUUCUAAUCUAUGUUUUAAUCUACAAAUUUUAGAAGAUCAAUAAAUUAUGUUUGUUUAAAUUUUAGACAAACCAACUUUUAAUGUUCCCUAAACUAUACAUAUAAAAAUG